AAAAUAAAUUGCUACUAACAACAAUCAGCAAAUUUAAUUUGUGUUUCGUACUUUUUGAUUUUGGUUUAUGAUUGCGAUGCGAGCAACAGCAUACUCUACCCUACCACGCUUCGUUUCUGACAAAAUUCAUUGACGUUGAUAAUUCUUCUUACACAUCCACAUUCUGAAUAUUUUUGAGACCAGUUUCGAAAAGAAAAAUGGGAUAUUUUCUUGGAUAUGUUCCUCUGUUUACAAUUCUCUUGUUGUUUUCUAUUCUUUCAAGUUGUUCAUCGGCUGAGCAUGAUAUAUCCCUCGAAGAUGAAGCUAAGGAAAACAAUUAUCAAGUCUGGUAUCAUAGAAUCAGAAGAAGUUCAGAAGAUGAAAUAUCACAUGACAACACCACAUCUUCUGAUGAAAAUUCUCAUCAUCCAGAGCGGUAUCAUGUUGCAAGUAUAAACUGGAGAAGAGUGGAGAAUCCUUUCAUUGUCUGUAUUUGGAUUAUCUUCGCUGGUUUAGCUAAAAUAGUUUUUCGAUCGAAAUACAUGCACAAAGUCGUCUCAAGAGUUCCCGAAAGUUGUCUUCUUAUUUGUCUCGGACUUAUUGUCGGCGGAAUUGCAUACGCGAUUAACAAAGACCAUCAGAUUGACAAAUUGCUUUUUAAUCCCGACACGUUUUUUCUAUUCAUUCUACCGCCCAUUGUUCUUGAAGCUGGGUAUUUUAUGCCAAAGGAACCCUUCUUCGAUAAUCUGGGAAGCAUUCUAACAUAUGCAAUCAUAGGAACUAUAUUUAAUGCCUUUGCCAUUGGAUUAUCAUUAUAUGGAGUUUACACAGCGGGACUUAUGCCAGCGAUGCAGCACAUUACUCUUCUUCAGUGCCUUUUAUUUGGAAGUAUAAUAUCAGCUGUGGAUCCUGUUGCCGUAAUAUCAGUAUUUGAAGAAAUUCAUGUCAAUAUAGUUCUAUAUAUUUGUGUUUUUGGGGAAUCACUCCUAAAUGAUGGUGUCGCGGUGGUUUUAUAUCACAUAUUUGAGCAAUAUAUUGAGAUGGAUGAAAUCCUACCUAUCGACUAUAUAGCGGCAGUAAUGUCGUUUUUCGUCGUUGUAUUAGGAGGUUUAUCACUCGGAAUCAUUUAUGGAUAUUUUGGAUCAUUUAUCACCAAAUACACAGUCAACAAUAGAGUUAUCGAACCUACGUUUGUGUUCGUCACAUGUUAUCUCGCUUACCUCACUGCCGAAGUAUUUCACCUUUCUGGAAUCAUUGCGAUUGUGUUUGCUGGUUUUAUUAUGAAUUCAUAUGUCGAGCACAACAUUUCACCGAAAUCUCACACGACUGUAAAAUACGGAAUGAAAAUGCUUGCUGGAAUGUGCGAGACUAUUAUUUUCAUGUUGUUGGGUAUUGCAGCAGUAAGUGAUUUCUGGCAACACUGGAAUACUGGAUUCGUUAUAUGGACUCUGAUAUUUAUUACAAUAUACAGGGCUAUUGGCGUUGUUGUUCUUACAAAGAUUCUAAACUAUAUUCGAUUGGAUAAAAUCAACGCCGUUGAUCAAUUUGUUAUGGCUUAUGGUGGUUUACGUGGAGCUAUCGCUUUUUCACUGGUUUCUCUUACAUCGUCAGAAGUUGUUCCGGCAAUCAAAACAAUGGUCUGCGCUUGUAUCGUUUGCAUUUUGUUCACAUCAUUCGUUCAGGGGUCGACUAUUCGACCAAUCGUCGAGUUACUACAUGUAGCGACGGCAGAUGAACAUAAAGAAACAAUGUUUGAAGACAUUAACAUGAGGUUGAUUGACCAUCUAAUGGCUGGAAUUGAAGAUUGCAUCGGUCAUAGAGGUCACCAUUACUGGACACAAAGGCUCACCAGGCUCAAUACAGAUUACUUGAUGAAAUGGUUUGUUCGAGAACCUUACAAAACACAUGACCAAGUUAUUUUGGAAACAUUUCAUCGGAUUAAUAAGAGAGAAGCUCAUGAUAUGUUACUGGAAAUUGAAAGAGGUGGAAGUAGCAAUGAAUUAGUUUCUGAAAAGACUCUAGCAAAUUUAUUGUUGCCAAUGGAGAUGAGAAGAUCAUAUUCAACAACUUCUUUCUCUUCUAUAAUGAGAAAUCAAUCAGACGCAUGUAUUGAUAUGAGAGCACUAGAAAUGCAACGACAAUCUGCUGUUAUAAUAAGCGAUGCUGCUGAAGUUAGUGAUGCCCAUCAUUUGCUCAAGAAGAAUAUGUAUCGUCCAAGAGCAAAAACUGAUUUCCAUUACAAACGUGGAGAAAUUGACACAUCUCACACUCAGAAACGACAAGAACAAGAAAUUUUAAUUAGAAGAAGGAUUCAUAACAGAAGAAAGAAAACACAAAAACACAGGAAGCACAAUAAACAUUUCAAGAACGUUUUACAACAACCAUCAAGAUCAAGGAAUGGUUCGUUUCAAAUGAAACCGAAGACGCACCACCAUCACACAGCGUUAGCCACCAUUUAUAACAGAAGACAGAGUGUACACUUUUCAAAUGGUCAUGAACCGGUUCAACUUAUCGAGCAGACGAUUAACCCUCUUACGGGUGUUGUUGCUCCAUCUGUCUUGGUUGAAACAUGUCCAUCUCUUAAUUCAUCACACGGUGAAAUGCCUAUUAAAGAAGAACCAGAAGAUGAAGGAAUCACAUUUUCAGUGGCCGCUAUCGAUGAGCCUGAUUCAAAACUUCCUGAUGAUGAGGGAGCAAAAGAAUCAAACAAGGAGAAUCAUGACGUAGCAUUGAAUAAAGAGCUUCCAUGGCGAACUGAAAUUCCAUCAGUAGCAAUUUGUGACCCAAGAGAAAGAGCAGGAUCUCUUCAUCCACAUUAUUAUGGUGAAGAUUCUGAAGAUGAGGAGCCAGGAACCUCUCAUAACACUAACAAUAAUAACGCAACAGCGGAGAGUGAACAAGAAUCCUCCUCAAGUCCGUUUUUUCCUAAAAGGACUCAUAGCGAGCCAGCAAUAAAGAAUACUACGAGUGUCACACUCGAAUGCGACCCUGAAGAAGUUUCACCCUCCGUGCCCUUAUUAUUUAAACCAGAGGACAUCGAAGUCGAAAUUUUUAAAAAUCUGGCAGAAGAUGAAGUUUGAUGCAUUGAUUUGUGUUGAUUCAGCACUUUUUGAGGCAUUUUGCGUAGCAUGCUUUGCAUAUAGAAUACUGUAGCUGCAACUGAUAUAAUCUGGAGUUUCAAAAGUAUUUAUAAUCUAUGCUUUGCAACGUGCUUCACUGAAAAAAUUUUUUGUUCUUUUUCAGUUGUGCAUUUGCGUGUUUUUAAAAAUUUCUAACAGUAUUUUCUGUCAACGUAUAUUUCUGCGGAAUGUUAAGUUUGGGUAUUUUUUCUGUGAUAAGCUUUUUGAUAUUUGAAUAAUGCUUCACGAUUCAUACCAGUAUUGUCCUUUUUUAGGGGAGAAAUUGUAAUAUAUGCCAAAUACUUUACAAUUUGACAUAAAUCAUGAUAUCACAGAAAAAGUAAAUUUGAAACCAAGAAAGGGAUAAUUUGGACGUUAUGUAUUUUUUAAUAAAAAAAUUUUCGAGUUCCACUCUUCUUUCUUAAAUCUCGUCUUAAAUAACAACUGGAUACAAAAAAUUCUAUCAUGCACGAAUAGCCCAAUGUGCAACAUGUAUUUUUAAUAUCUUUGUCAUAGCCCUAUUUCGAUUACGACCAAUCUAAAAUUUAUUCUAUAAAGUUCCUAAUUGAAUAAUGUGACUAUGUUGCAACAACUUAUACCUAUUCAAAGUAUUUUAGAAGUUUUCUAUAUCACCUUUCUAACAUAACUAAAUACUGGAAAAGUUCUUGAAAUGUAAAUUUAAACUCAGGGAAUAUACCAGUUUAAUGAAGAAAAUUGUGCUUCAUGUGAAACUUUUUUCAGCGUCAACUAUUUACCUGUAAUAUGCAUUACUGUAAAUUUUUUAUUUGUUGUAGAGCUGCUGUCAAAGGACACAAAAAUGUAUCGUUUUUUUUUCUUGAGUUAUAAAUAUAUGAUUAUAUUUAUUUAUAUAUUAAAUCACAUUUUGCACACAAAUUGUGAAUACCCACAGGUGCAAGAUAUUUAGUUAAGAUGAUGCUGUUUACAUGAUAGAACGUCAACAAUGUAUAGUUUAUAUGAAAGUCGAUGCACUUCAUUUUCAACCGAUAUAUACAGUAUAGUCAAAUCGGAUUCAAUUCAGAAUUUGUUGUUAUGGUAACGCUUUGUCUUCUGUAGAAACUACAUAUUCUUAAUGUAGGAUGUACAUCUUGAAUUAAUUUUUCUAUUACAAUAUGGGUCUGCCUUUCAGGGUUAGGUAAUUCUAAUAUUUCAAAAUAUCAAAAAUAUGAAACAAAAGGAAACUAUUCUAUGUCGACUUCCAAGUGUGAGAAAAAACUUGUUGCAGUGUGUUUUUUCCCCAAAAAAUAACAAUCAUAUUAUGUGUAUUUCUGCUACCUAGAUAUUUUACAAUGCUAAAGUAAGUAAAAAUGCUGUUGAAUCAAGCAUUUUCAUCUCAAUUUAUAUUAUCUGAAAUAUAAUCAGUCAAACAAUGAGACCAACUAAAAUUUUGUAUUACAUAUUGGCAGAUUAAAUAAGUCUUUAUAUAUAUUGUUUUGCUUGAGCUGUGCUAUUGCUCUGCACUCUUCUGACCAAACUUUUGCUUCUGUAUUUAUUAAAGAAGUGGAGAAUAACAUUCUAUCAAACAAAAAUAAUUUUCCAAAUACAGUAACCUCAAUGUCUUAUAUACAGUAAUUCUGUAACUUAUGUUUUUCAUUCCAACUGCGAGUUUUUGUAAACAAUAUGUACACAUAUAGCCUAAUUUCAACUUACAAAUUUCGUUAUGAACCAAAAAAUAGAAUUCGGGGCAUUUGUAUACUUUAAUAUUAUGUAAAAUGUGUGGCAGCGACCCACCACUUUGUCAUUUUUACAAUUUAUAGCAAAAUAAUGGUAAAUGAGUCACAUUGAAUUAUUUGAAAAUUACCUUAGCUCUAGGAUAAAAAAGUAGUAAAUAAUAAGAUGGGAUUGAUUUGAAAAUCGAAAUAUUUCAAUUCCUUAAUCUAUUUCUCAAGUGGGUCCCUCAAACAGCACUGCCUGUAAUUUUUAUUAUAUUUUGAUGAUUUAUUCUUAGUUCAUAGUACGGUAAUUUAAAUGUAAUUUAUAGAUCUUAUUUCUAUCUGCUAUGUUUCUAAAUGCCAAACCUAUAUAUAAUGCUAUUGCUUAUAUAUUUCUUAGUGAAAGAGCAUCUUUAUAUGAAUAUAAGUAAGAGCAAAAUUAUUAUACCUAUUUCUAUCCUGGCCUUGGAGCUAAUAUAAGACUUGACAACAGUUCUAGCAAGUUUGGAGUGUCGGUUUUGUGACUCUUGCGUGAUUUAAACAAUUUGCAGUGAAAAUAACAAUAUAGAAUUGAAUGCAAGA